UGAUGAAACAAAAUUCGCCAUAAUUAAAUCUGACGCAGAACAUAUUGGAAUAAGCGAGGACACCGAUAGCUUCUACGAGUUCCGAGAAGGGGAACUGCGAGAAUGUAUAUCGUCCAGCACCGUGUUUAUCUGCCCAGCUAUAUUUCCUUUGAAAAAGAUACGGCAAGCGACAAGUUGUAAUAUUCAACUCUUACUAAAUAAGAAUAUAGAAAUGGAAUAUUGCAACAUAGUAUUACAAAACCUACGAGAAACAUACUGGAAAGCCUUAACUACGCCCGGAAAUUGGAUAUAUACUGCAAGAAAACGAGAAAUAAUUCGUAUAGAAUGCCAACAAAGCAACCAGGAAGAAAUAAGUAAUUCUGGCAUUAUUUCCAUACGCCAAGGAUGUAAAAUUAAAGCAGGGACUACUACGAUGAGCCAUCCAUCCGUUCAUUCUAUAGAAUUCGUACAGCAUUAUACUCCAAUGAACAACCUAAGCAUUUUACAAUUGUACGAGCCUAUCCGCGAAAAAUAUCAAAUCGACCUGGCAGAAGCGACAAGCGAAUUAUGGACGAUGAAUAAUAGCCACGUAUCAACGACUUUUGAUGACAUCAUUGAAAAGGCUCGCCAGAUCAAGGAUAGACGGAUGCAAGAACAAAGACUUAUCACCUACAGUGCAGUAGGAUGGGGCAUGAGUGUUCUCGGAAUACUUGUGGUCAUCGUCUGGAUGAUAAGCAGGACUUCUUGGAUCAGCAGUACUGCGAAUUUACUUUAUGCACGAUGCAACCGUAACAAAGGAACCAAGGGACCUACCCCUUGCUCCUCGGUAGAGAAUAAAAGCCGAAGCACCGAGCCCGAAUCCGAACAGUCUGACUUAAGAACGGCAACGAUCCAGUAUAGUCUACAAGAAGAAGCACAGGAAGCAGAGACACACUGACGACUUGAAGACGUACAGCAAUAAUUCGAUGAGAAGGAGCAGCUAUUCCACCAAUCAUUAUAAACGUUGGCACAGGAUAUUGGGACGACUCCGCCGGAUUAUUCUAACCAUGCCGGGAAUUGACGAAGAUGUACCUAUGGACCUCAGCGCAGCGCAGUCGUAUCGGCGGUCGCCAAUUCCAAUGCAGCGAGGACCACCGGAGCGCGACACCAGAUCUCCUGGCGUCGACGUCCAUCCCAAUAUGGACCGUGACUGGCCCGGACCAACAGAU